AUCAGUUAAACUCGCAACCGAAAUUACCACCGAAGAUGAAUCCAAGCCCAGAUAUUGAGCAACUUAAGAGCAAUGCAGAAGCAUUUCUAAAACAGAAUGCAGUUGGAUCGCACAAGCUCAUGUCCACGGCCAUCCCCCCAAUUUCUGGUUACGCCAAGCUUGUCAAAAUAGCCAACAAAAUAUAUGAGGUUCACACCGCGCCCUCCGCGGGCAACUAUAUUGUGCAUUCCUACUUCGUCGGCUACAAGCAAAUCUCAACGCAAGGAGAUAGUCCUGUUUAUAUUGACAUACCAAAGACUGCAACGGAGGGCGACUUUCUGUUUACCGCAGAGCUUGCUGGAUGCUCCUUUAUAGUGACGGACUAUAACAGCACCCAUUACCGCGUCUACCAUGAUUCCCGACCAAUGAGCUCGGCAUUCUUUGACAGAGUUGUGAUGGCUGCUGAUUUGACCGAUUAUAUCGGCGGCCUUGAGGUAGAUCCAAAUCAGCUCUUGCUGACCGUGUGCUUGCAAUACAAGGACAAGAAGUGGAAGCUUUACGCCCAACUUCUCAAAGAAAACGCCCAGCAUCAACGUAUCAUCAGGCCGACCGGUUCAAAUAUCUUGCCGAGCGUCUGGACUAGAUCUCCUGGAGAAUACCGGAAGCCGGACGUUAGAGACCUCCGGAGCAAGAUUGUGACAUAUAUGCAAAAUCUCCUUAAUACAUUGAACGGAGACUUGAGACAUUGGGGAAAGCAGCCGGUCCCUAUUCCAACGACGGUGGAUGGUAGAUUUGCAGACUUUCCCUCGACUUCAUCGCCCGCCAUGACAAAUCCUGCUGUAGCGAGAACCGAAGCCUGGCGAAAGGCUCUUCAUGAAGCAGAGGUUAGGUUAGGCGAUCAUGGGAAAGCUUAUAGGGAUCUGAUUCUCUCGGGAACAGGAAGGAGCCGAUCUAUUGAUAUUGCGUACCUAUGGUUGCUCAAGAAAGGAAAAUAAAAUCGUCAUGGUGAACAGCACUGCUUUCGGCCUCACCAAAGGAGAUAUGUUGCCAAAUGAAUGCAAUCAAAACCUUGAGCUUGUGCUUGAGUGGAUUCAAGCUGCUGGAGUCGACAGUGCCCUUACUACUAGUCUUAUGAAUUCCCUCCCAAAUUAUGUUCAGGCUCUGUAAGCUAUCACCGGCUAGAUA